CGGCAGAUUAUCCAUCCAUUGAUACGUAGACUGAUAGCCCAGACAUCUAGUGAUAACUGCAGUUAUACAGACAAGCACACACACACACACACACACACAGAGGGAGAGAGAGAGAAAAAGACACACACACACACAGACAGCGAGAGAGAGAGAGAGAGAGAGAGAGAGAGAGAGAGAGAGAGAGAGAGAGAGCACUUAGGGUUGCUCAAACGAGGGCUUCGACAACUGAUUGGCAAACAAUGUCUUACAAGAUAUCUCGCAGUCUCAAAAGGCAAGUACAGAUUUACCGGUUUGUAGAGGUCGUAGAGAGCGGAACCGGGUUCCUGGUCCUGACUAUCCUUACGGUUCAGAUAGGAUGCUUUCAUCCAGAUAUGCCGUCGAAGAUCCUCUGGACCUGUAUACCGCUUCUGCUUUUAGGUGCACUCGCCAAGUUGCUCAGGGGAUUUAUCCACGGAGUGUACUUCGAGGGCAUGUCGUGCGCGCAGGUCGCCAGAAGGGAAGUUCACCCGUGCCCGGUUAUUGUAGGAAGUUUCACAGUGCUGGGUGGCGCAAUUCGGUCGACGUUCGCGUACGUGGCUCUCAGUGCGCUCGUCCGUCUCUGUGCGAUGGUCGCCGAGGUUUCUCUAGGUGUCUUCCUUUAUCGGGCAAUCCCUGAGCUGAAAGGCCACCCAGAUUAUGACAAGGAUUUGGGACUGAAGCACGUGCACGAGUUCCUUGUCGUCACUUGCGUAUGUCUUUCUCUGCACUCUGUCCUUAUGGGUAUUCUCGUCUUCUUUGGCUUGGCGUACGCGUGCCUACGUUUCUGCCUCACUUCUCUCAAGAGGCUUUUUGACGUUGGAGGGUGCUGCCGAACCUGUCGACAGGCCGAACCUCUGCGUCAGACAGCGGAUUGCCCUUUCUGGGAGCGGCUCGAGAGGGCACGUGCGGAGACGCAAAAGGGCAUAACGUGGUACGUUCAUGAGAGUCGCCAUGUCUGCUUCAGCGCCAUCGAAGCCCAUGCCCACAAGGAAGUGUGCGGUCUUCCCGGGUUCUGGUUCCAUAGCGUCGAAGAGCUGGUGGAUAUGGAGGAAGACGAAGAGGGAUAUGUUUGGCAAACGAAAUCGUGCGACUGCGAGUUGUUCGCCGCAGAGGACAUGCUGGAUCACAUGCAGGAUCUUCCGCAGAGUACUCGCUGCAGACAUGACGUUGACGCCGGUCUAGAGUUCGCUCGAGCCCGUGGGUACCUGACUAUGCUACAUGUGAUCAAGUGCUGUCCUGCAGAAUCUGAAGAUAUCGAACUGGCCGCCUCCAUCCUCGCAGGGUUUGCUUCCGGCCUCUCUGUUCUCCCUUGGCAGCCAUAUCCCGCCAGACGUGAACGGGAGGGGGAUCUACAGCACUUCAUCUUGGAAAUGCUGGAGGACGACGACUUCCGAUACAUAACACUGGAUCUGCUGCACGAGUUCCGUUGUCGGAUCGUGGGCAGAACACGUUGCCCUACAACCAUCUGUGGUCCACCGACUGAUUGUUACACAGCCUCGGGAGGGAAUGCUAGCCCCGUCACUCUUCGAGCGACAACUUCUGCACUGAACUCCUUCGCCCAGGCUGCAAGCGACAUACACGCUCACCUCCAUGGACAUCAGCGACCACGUACUCAACCAAAGACAGGGCUCACAAGGGAUGUAAUGAAGUCCGGAGAUGAGGUCGAUACAGGCUAUGCUCGCAAACUGAGCAACGCGUACACCACUCAGUCUCCAGUCGGGUGGCUUCUGCAGACCACUGAGCCAGAUUUCCAACGUGCAAACGAUGUCUGGGUGAAUAGUGUCCGGUCUGAACUAAUGGCACCGGAUAUUGUGGACGCAUUGCUCGACCUUGCCAGCAAGUCGGACAACUGGCCCUGUAAUGUUGUUGCGGAUGCGAUUAGGACCCUCUCGGCGCUCUGGUCCCGCAGGAUGAUCACGUGGCACCGCUUUGACGAUCGCCUGUUGGAGCAUUUCCCUCCCCCCAUGGCUUCCAUUGACCAACUGGAUAAUCAAGACAACAUCCAGAAGAAACUGAAAGGCUUGGUUCGACUCUUCAGCGACCCCGAAGUACAUCCUCAGUAUCUGCCUGGUACCGUCUUCUCCAAGCUGCAUCUGGCCAAGAUUCUCAUCUCUCAGGGCAUCCGUGACAUUGAUGAGGAGGUUGCUGAGAUGCUACUCCAGUGUCUCUGUUACUGGAAACGAGCCUUGGGUCCCAGAGAGGUAGAUUGGCUCACCUGCGAGGUGAUCGAAACCCUUCGUGAUCUGUUUGUCACAUCGACGGAGAAAUCUGCCUUGCAGAGUCUCAUCCGGCGGUCGGCGGGGGAAGUUAACUGCCUCAGGCUGAUGCUCAGCAGUAGAGUCAGUGCUAUGAGAGGCGCCCUGUUCUUCGCCACUGACCCUGGGAUCUUCGACAAUCGCCUGCUCCACGACCUGUCACAUUCUGAGGUGAAGGAGAAGACCUGGUCCACAGAGAUCGGGACACAUAAGAACAACUGUGUGGCAGCAGCUGCAGGGCUACUAGCGGAGCUCAUCAGCUCGCCGGAGGUGAGCAGUGCAUUGCUGCCCAAGCCUUCCGACAACCCUGCCUUCUACCGCACGCUGUUCAUGAGCUUAUCUUCCAUCCUCCACCUUGAAGCGAUGCAAAUCCAAAGAGACUUGGCAAAUGCAAGCUCAUCCUUGAAGGAGAGCGCUUCGAGGCCAUCUACUAUUUACCUUACUCAGUUGAACUUUUCAGCUCGUUUUGUCCUCCUCUUUGGGGAGUGCUUGGGAAACCCAGCCUGGAGGCCGGCAUUCGGCCUUUUGGAGAACAUCAGCUCGUCCUUAGAGGAAGGUGCAGAGAACCGGAUGGAACACAAAGAGAGAGAAGUGAACGUUCUACUCGCCACGAGAUACGCUGUCAUGAUCGCUGUUCUCGUGCUGACACGGUAUCCAGGUCUUGUGCAGUCCCAUUUUGACCAUCAUUUGCUGAGCACUUGCUUCCCUCCCUUCGUCCAGCUACUCAUGAGGCCUUUCCCGAGGCUGCAACGAUGCUCGAGGCUUCAAGUAUGGGAAGACGAGCUGCAUAGCGAGAUAAGAAACGGGGCUGCCCAAGUGCUUCUCCUCAUUCUUCCUCGGGUCUAUCAACUGGAGUUAAAUGCAGCUUCACCAUCAGCCUCUAAGAAUAGCCAGACGAGGUUGCAUGCCGCGGAGUCUUCGCCAAUACCUCUAAACAGCGUGGGCAUUGCCUUGGGGAAACUUCAGAAGUGGGCGGCGUUGCAGAGUGCAUCUACAAACCUGGAACUGACACGCCACAGCAUAGCAGUUAUCGAACGGAGCACUGGCAUUGCCAAUGUAUUGGAACUUGUCAAGGAGUCGAGUCACAGUUGGAGUGGCCUUUAUUCACCUUCCCUGUCCUCACAAGAAAGCUCCUGACAUAAAAGGCGCAAGGGGGGGGCACGGACUGGGCACACCACCACGUUCUCUGACGUCCAGUAAAGACCUACAGUUGAC